GUUUUGGCUCAAAUUUACCCGCUUUCCAAGACCAGAUGGGAUGUGCAGGCAAACCGCGAUGCGACGGAAGUCCGCAGAGGAAAGGCAGCUCGGCAUGCGAGUUGUCAAGACCCUCGGUGCCUGUGGACGGCGAAAAGCUUGGGCGGAGGCUUUGGACAUCAUGGCCGGCCUGCAGACGGAUGGCCAUUGUCCUGACGCCAUCAGUACAAAUGCACUGCUGGGUGCCUGCGCAAAGGCGGGGCGCUGGCGAGCGGCGGAGGUCCCGCAGGACACGGUGGCGUACACCUCUGCGGUUUCUGCUUUUGCGCUGCGCUCCUCGUGGCAGAGGGCGGCGCAGUUGCUUGAAAUGGCACAGGACUGCGGCCUGCGCUGCGACGUGGUGCUGCGCUCCGCCGCAGCCAGCGCCUGCGAGAAGGGCGGCGCCUGGCGAAGCGCGGUGCAGCUGGCGGACUCGGGCCAAGACACGCAGCUCCUCAACAUCGCCCUUCUUGCCGCGACGCGGCGCGGAAGCCGCGCGACGUGGGCCUCGGCGCUGGCACAUGUGGCCGCCAUGACGCCCCGAUCGCUGCGGAGGGACGGGUUCACCUUCAGCCCGCUGCAGAACCUGGGCUGGGCCCGGGCGCUGGAGUUGCUGCGGUUCCUGCGCAGCUGCUCGCUUCGAGGGGAGGCGGCGCUGGGAAACUUGCUGGCGCCGCCCUGGCGCCAGUCGGUCGAUCUACUGGGGGUGAUGGGCGCCGACUUGCGCCAGGAUGCGGCCAACUUCAAUGCCGCGGGCAGCGCCUGUGGGAAGGCCGCCUGGGAGCAGAUGGUGUGGAAUCAUGCAGAUCUUUGUGAAGACGCUGACUGGCAAGACCAUCACCCUUGAUGUGGAGGCGAGCAACACCAUCCACAACGUCAAGGCCAAGAUCCAGGACAAGGAGGGCAUCCCCACUGACCAGCAGAUCUUUUUCGGGCAGCUUGAGGACAAGCGGCUUGAGGACAAGAAGCUUGAGGACGGCCGCACGCUCUCGGACUAUAGCAUUCAGAAAGACUCCACGCUUUUCUUGGUGCCUCGAUGUGGAGGCGCGCCACAUUGACAACCUUAAGACCAAGGUCCAUGCCCUCCUGUGGGCCUUAUGCCAUUGCUCACGAGUCUAUCCCCGACCAGACCAGCGGGUGAAUAUUUGAACGGCUACGUGCUCUCGGACCAUCACAACCUGUCUCCGCCUCUACCGGAAGGAAUCACCUUCGCUUGGUUCUGCGCUUGCGCCGAGGCCGGAUACUCGGAGUCUAGGCCUGAGACGGCCCGUCUUGCAUCGAGGGCUUCUGCGCGAAUUGACAACUUCCUGACAUCAACAACGAAAGUGAGGUCAUGCCUGUAUCAUUGAUACGGGUCGUACUGUUGCGAAAGUAAUUUGCGGGUAUACUUUGUGAGCAAUGCUUGCGAACGUACCUAGACAAAGUUGGCGCCUUGAAGCGCCUUCUUGAUACGUCUACAGUCUUUCUG